AGGUUCACUCUUUCCGCCGGAAAAGAAGAAAAAAGUUGGCCCUCCAUGAUGGAUCGCCCCUCAAAUGCAUUCGCCGUGCUGGAGCUCGACGCCGAAGACGAUAAUCCGCCCUCCGCCUCCACCUCUGCAUCUAGUAAUUCCGGUAAGAGCACAAGCAAGAUAAAUGGUUCUAGUGAUGCGGUGCAUGCCAAACGUGAGAACAAGAGCCAACAAAGUUCAAUAUUGCCUGUGAAAGACUACAAAUUACCACUUGUGUGGAUUGACUUGGAAAUGACUGGUUUGAAUGUUGAAGUUGAUAGAAUUUUGGAGAUAGCAUGCAUAAUUACAGAUGGGAAUUUGACCAAAUCAGUUGAGGGUCCUGAUCUGGUUAUCCAUCAAUCUAAAGAGUGUUUAGAUGGAAUGGGUGAAUGGUGUCAAAAUCAUCAUGCAGCCAGUGGGUUGACAAAAAAAGUGCUCCAUAGUACAAUUACUGAAAGAGAAGCUGAAAAGCAGGUUAUAGACUUUGUUAAGAAGCAUGUCAGUGAACAUACACCUCCUUUGGCUGGGAACUCUGUUUACGUGGAUUUAAUCUUUUUAAAGAAGUAUAUGCCCAAUUUGGCUAGUCUUUUUUCUCAUGUACUUGUGGACGUUAGCAGUGUCAAGGCUUUAUGCGCUCGCUGGUAUCCGAGAGAUCACAAGAGAGCGCCGGUUAAAAAGAAUAACCACAGAGCCUUGGAUGAUAUCAGAGAGAGCAUCAAGGAACUCAAAUACUACAAAGAGAAAAUAUUCAGAGCCAAGAAAUGAUGCAAAUACUGACUGCAUUGGCAUGGGUUGCAUUUGGGGACUGUUAUUGCACUUCGGUGCUACUUCUCAUUUGAGAAAGAUUUCAGUCUGCAAUAUCAUGCGCAUGUAAUUUUGAUACCGUACUCAAUUUCAAUGCCUAAAAUCUGCUUUGGUACCCAUAAAUUUCUGGGUUUGCCAAAUCAUUACUGGCACUGAAAGUAUGUUUAGAAAAUAACACCUCCGAGCAUGG